AUGCCUCCUCCAGCCCCUUCAGGCCUUCGCAACCGAGACGCUUCGUGUAUUUAUUCCACGAUCGGUAAACGAUUGGCUCCCGCAGAGUUUACGGAAAAAGAUGCGAGAACUAACAAGAAGGCUCGCGAAGAUCAGCCCAACGUAGUCCUGUGCAUCAAGAUCCCAGCACGGAAGCUGAACGAUGAGCAGGCCAAAGUCGUUCAUAUCAAGCUCUUUGCGAAAGUUAAAGACUGGAAAGCUAUACGGGAAAUUGAAUGCCACUGCUCCCAAGACGGAAGCCUGAAUCUUCUUCAGGUCGCAGCACAGCUCGGUGUACAUGGCAAAUGUCAUGUGGUCGAUCCUCGUAAUUUCCGACCAUUCCAUGAAUACGCGCCAGGUAUUGUAGAAAGCGGAGACGUCGAGACCUUGACAAAGGACCGCCAGAGUGAGCUGUGGACGAUGCAUCCAUGGGCAACAACAUACGGUUCCGGGCUUUCAAGCAGAGCCAAUAUUGGCCUGUGGGUUGUUCUAGCGGCUCAGGCACCAAUUAAUGCCCCUAAUUCAAACAGACGCGGCGGCGCGCACGAGAAUGGCUCAGCGAGGAAGAGGGCACCUGCGCAGAAGAGGGCGUUACGAGGAAGCCCUCAGGGCAUCGAAGUGGGCAAGGAAAAGGGCAGUGACGACGGCACUGGAGCAGAAGAGGGCGAUGGCAUCGACAACGACAACAGCGAGGAGGGCAUGGGCGAGGAGGAGGAGGCAGACACGCAUGCGCGGAAAGCGAACCCAUACUUGGAUAUCGAGGCUAUCGUCGACAACAAGGAGGAGGAGGAGGAGGAGGAAGAAGAAGAAGAGGAGGAGGAACUGGCCGAGUUGCUCGCCGACGUCCAACGCACUCAACAAGCUCGGGCGCAUCUUGAUAAUGCAUGUGUCGGCGACAAUGCUGCUGACGCAGAAGCCAUGGCCCGGUCUAUUACGGAGAGAGACAUGGCGGCUAGACGUGCACAGCGGGCCUCGCAGUCGGGUGGCGCAGUCGUCUCUCUUGCCCCCGAUGGAAUCCACCUUCAAGCCACGGAAAAUGGUUUCCUCUCUCCUUGGGUGUGCAUCUCGCGUGGUACAUAUAAGCACGAUGUGGCCUUCGUGGAGUCGCGAGAGGACUCUCUCCUCCACGUCUGGGUGGUUCCGCGCUUGCCUACUACAAAAAAGCGGCAGCACGGAAGAACUUCUCAGCAACCAAUGCCGCCAGCAUUACUGAAGGAGUUGUUCAGAGAGGCUGUGACAGAAAGUGAAGGUGAUCGGCUGAUACAUAUUCUCAAGGGCAAGAAGUUCAAAGGCGGCCUCCUGCAGCUCGAACUCACUUUGGACCGGGUGACUUUCGAUGUCCACGCGACUCGAAACGACGUAUUCGUCUUUAAUGCGGCGAAAUUCGUGCCAAAGACAGCGAUAGCGAAGCUCAUUCUAUUCUGUGUUGACUUCGAACCGGCUGCAGGCACGCAUGUGAUCGUUAUACAGGGCGAGCAAUGCAGCCUCAUUGGUGUCGUGCAUUCAGUCAUUAAUGGACAGGCUACGCUAACCAAUCUCUACCACGAGAAGUUGGAUGAUGAACUUUCGUCUCUCGUGCUACCUGUAACUCAGUUACACCCCCUUUGGGCAGUUGGCGAUGCGGUCAAAGUUAAGACGGGCCUCCAUGCGGGCUUGGAAGGGCAAGUGAUUGCCAUGGAUGAUUUCGAUGUCACAAUUGUUCACAUGAACAAAGUCGAGGCGGAAUGGACCUCGAUACAGCCGUCGGUGACAGUAUCAAGGCCGGGAGAGCAGCGCCCCUCACGCUCUGAGACGCAAACAGAGGAAGAGGUGGAGAUGGAGCUUGCCCUCAAGCAUCCUGACCGACGGAAUCCCGACAUCGGGCGAGCGGUGCGUGUCAUCAAAGGCCCUUUGAAGGGAUUUGUGGGCACAUUGCGAAACGUCACGUACCACGGCGAUUACGAGGUUGAGCUUGAAGCCAAGCUUUUAACCUCGAGGGGCGUCCUCUUGUUCCAAAAGCCCGAGAUCGCAUUCCGGUCAGAAGAAAGGGGCAACAUCGACACGGCGGAGCGUGGUCUGCUCCCUGAGCAGCCUCGGACCCCAUUGGGCCACGAAUUAGAACCCGCGUCACACAACACAGAUUCAGCAUGGGCGUAUUUGGUGGAACUUGAUGGACCCGAUGGAUCGAUGUCUUCAGUCGAACCUAAUGGACCCAAUGGAUGGAUGCUGGAUGCGGCUGUGGCACCUGCGUUCCAUACUUAUCGCUUCAAGUUCAUGUGCACAGCCGGUCAACUCCGAGACAAGCUGAUGACCACGGUGAAGGGAGCCUCCCCAGUGAACGGCAAGGUGCGAUGCGAAUACCGGACGCGAAAGCUGGAAUAUGCCGAUGUCUCUCUCCAAGACCUCGCCAUAUUGUGA